AUGUGCGCCGCGCACCACCGCCUGGUGCUCGUGCGGCACGGCGAGAGCACCUGGAACCAGGAGAACCGCUUCUGCGGCUGGUUCGACGCGGAGCUGAGCGCGCGCGGCCGCGAGGAGGCCGAGCGCGGCGCCGCCGCCAUCCGCGCCGCCGGCCUGGCCUUCGACGUGUGCUACACGUCGGUGCUCAAGCGCGCCAUCCGCACCCUCUGGCUCAUCCUGGACGGCACCGACCAGAUGUGGGUGCCCGUGGUGCGCACGUGGCGCCUCAACGAGCGCCACUACGGCGGCCUCACGGGCCUCGACAAGGCGCAGACGGCGGCGCAGCACGGCGAGGAGCAGGUCAAGGUGUGGCGGCGCUCCUUCGACGUGCCGCCGCCGCCCAUGGACGAGAAGCACCCCUUCCACCAGGUCAUCAGCAAGGACCGGCGCUACGCGGGGCUGCAGCCCGGCGAGCUGCCCACGUGCGAGAGCCUCAAGGACACGAUCGCGCGGGCGCUGCCCUUCUGGAACGAGCACAUCGCGCCGCAGAUCAAGGCGGGCAAGCGGGUGCUCAUCGCCGCGCACGGCAACAGCCUGCGCGGCAUCGUCAAGCACCUCGAGGGGAUGUCGGACGCGGCCAUCAUGGAGCUCAACCUGCCCACGGGCAUCCCCAUCGUGUACGAGCUGGACGCGGCGCUCAAGCCCGUGAAGCCCAUGCAGUUCCUGGGCGACGAGGAGACCGUGCGCAAGGCCAUGGAGGCCGUGGCCGCGCAGGGCAAGGUCAAGAAGUGA